AAAUAACUCAGCCCCAAGUGGUUUAGCCCAUUUGAAUUAAAUAAUUGCAAGGCCCAAGAAAUGGCCCAAUUUCUUUCCCUGCUUCAUCCUUCUCACUUCGUCUCUCCCUUGUUACUCAGUAACAGAUCCACGCCUCCUUCCUUUCUGAAAUCGCCGCCGCCUUCAACGGCUCUGCCCUCUUUUUCUUCCUUCUUUUCUCUAGUAACCUCAAGUGGAACUCAAAUUGGAGGCCUAAUUCCCUUCUCUUCCUCAAUCUCAACUGAAACACAUAAUUAGGGGAGAAAAGUCGAGCCCCAGCUUCUCCGUCUGAAAUGGCCAGCCAUCGCCGCCGCUGAAAGACCGGUGAGGGGCCGUCGCCUCCUUCUCCUUCGUUAAAAGAUCAGCUGGUGUGUUUCGAAAGAAUGAAGGGGUUAAAGAGGGUGGAUACUGUGAUCAAGCUGAAGACCCCCAAUAAGAAGGCGGCGGAGCCCUGUUCGCCGGUGGAAGCCCUCCAACUGUACCGCCGCAUGCACCGCAAAUCCGCCCGCUUGGACUCCUUCGCCGUCCUCUCCGCUCUCAAGGCCUGCUCCCACCUCCGCGACAAUCUCCCCCUCACACGCCACCUCCACGCCCACCUCCUCAAACUCGGCUUCGCCACCCACCUCUACGUCGCCACCUGCCUCCUCUCCGUCUACUCCCCCACCAUUUUCAGGGACGCACGCCUCCUGUUCGACGAAAUGCCCACUCGCAGCGCCGUCACUUGGAACAUCAUGAUCACCGGAUACUCGAAACAGGGCGACGUGAGCGCCGCCCGCCUGAUGUUCGACACAAUGCCCCACCGGGUUUCAAGCUCCUGGUCCGCCAUGAUCGCCGCUUACAUCGACAAUUCCCUCUGGCACCACGGCAUCUCGCUCUUCCGCCUCAUGAUGACCGGCAGCCGCAGCCUCCGCCCGGAUCAGCUAACUCUAGGCCCCAUUCUAGCCGGCUGCGGCCGCCUCAGCUCCGUCGGGUUGGCGCUGGGGAAAUCCAUGCACGCUUUCGCCGUCAAAAACAAGUGGGAGCUGAAUGUGGAGCUGGGCAGCUGCUUGGUCGACAUGUACGCGAAAUGCGGGGUGUUGGAGAACGCGAGGCUGGUGUUCGACACGAUGAAGCAGCGCAACGUCGUGGCGUGGACGGCCCUCAUCCACGGGGCGGCACAGCACGGGCAGGGGCGGGAAGCGCUGCGGGUAUUCGAGAAGAUGAGGGAGGCAGGGGUGAAGCCGAACGACGUCACGUUCACGGGGGUGCUCGCCGCGUGCGUGCAGGCGGGGCUGGUGGAGGAGGGCCGCGGAUACUUCGCGACGAUAGGUCGCCCCAGAAUCCAGCACUACGGCUGCAUGGUCGAUCUAUACGGCAAGGCCGGGCUCGUGAGGGAGGCGUAUCGAGUGAUCGAGACGAUGCCGUACGAGGCGAAUGCGGUGGUGUGGGGCUCCUUCUUGUCGGCGUGUAAGCUGCACAAACAGUUGGACAUGGUUGACGAAGCGAUUGAUGAGGUGAAGAGGGUGAUGAGCCCCGACAACGACGGAGGGCUUUACUCGCUUAUAUCGCAGUUGUACUUGCUUUGCGGCAGAGCAAGUGAAGCGCAGGCUAUAAGGGACUUGAAUGUGAGGAAGAUUAGGGCGUCUACUUUCAUUACAACCGGAAAUUAAUACCUGAUUGCCUUCUUUCACCUCCAUUAUCUCGUUAUAUAUACUAAUAUUAUUCUCGUGCGAUGCACGGUAAUUGAUUGUAAAUUCACAAACUAUUAGUGACU